GUUUAUUAAUAGCAUUUGUUGUGUUCAAUGAAUUUCAGUGUUUUUUUGACAAUACAUUUGAUUAGACAGUAAUUAACUGAUCAUUUGGUGAUACUUUACAGACAAUCAAUGGUCGAUACGAUGGACACGGAUGACGUGGACAAGAAACAGAUGACUGAUUCGGGUUCAGUACUACCGAUUCCGUGGCUUGAAAAGUAUCGUCCGAUUGAUUUCGAGGACAUUAUUGGCAACAAAGAGGCCAUCAGUCGGUUUGAUAUUUUCUCGAAGAAGGGCAACAUUCCUAAUGUCAUACUUUCGGGUCCUCCCGGUGUCGGAAAAACAACUACAAUCCUAUGUCUUGCCAGACAUCUAUUGGGUUCCAACUAUAAAGAAGCGGUUCUUGAGCUAAACGCGUCCAAUGAGAGAGGCAUUGAUGUGGUCCGCAACAAGAUUAAGAUGUUUGCGCAAACUAAAGUGACAUUAGGUUUAGGAAAACAUAAAAUUGUGAUCUUAGAUGAAGCGGACAGUAUGACUGAAGGCGCACAACAGGCCUUACGCAGGACUAUGGAGGUGUACUCGAAGACUACACGAUUUGCGUUGGCCUGCAAUACGUCCGAAAAAAUCAUUGAACCGAUUCAGUCUCGCUGUGCAGUCAUUAGGUUUACAAAACUUAAUGAUAAACAGAUCGCUGAGAAACUCAUAGAAAUUUCUAAGAAAGAAAAUGUUGAGUUCAAUAGUGAGGGAAUUGAAGCCCUGGUGUUCACAGCACAGGGCGAUAUGCGUCAGGCCAUCAAUAAUCUACAGUCGACUAGUGAUGGCUUUGGUUAUAUAAGUAGUGAUAAUGUGUUUAAAGUAUGUGAUGAACCGCAUCCACUGUUCAUCAAAGAUAUGCUGAAGUUCUGUACAGAACAAAACAUUGACGAAGCCAUGAAAAUAAUGCAUAAAUUAUAUAAAUUGGGUUAUUCUCCGGAAGAUAUCAUCACAAACGUGUUCCGAGUGACCAAAACAUAUGAUUUGCCAGAAUUUCUUAAACUAGAGUUCAUCAAAGAGAUCGGUUUGACACACAUGCGGAUCACACAAGGAGUCAACUCAUUGUUACAGUUGUCAUCUUUAAUCGCAAGACUUUGCAAAAAAACUUUAAAAUCAUAAUUCAAUAAUUUGUUUGUUUGUUUUCAUCACAUAUUUUUUAAAUAAAACUUUUAAUAGUAAUCAACACAAAUAAAGUU